AUGGCAUCAACCGCUGGGGGCUACAAGCAAAUCAAUAAGGCUCUCGAUGUCCGCGCAUUCGAAGGCUACCUCGACGGACAGCAGACCCUUCUGCCUACGAUCGCAGAUGUUGAGCAGAUCAGCCCACGGGGCAUUCGUGUGAUGGGCCAAAACCCGGAGAAGUUUACGCUUCAAGGAACCAACACCUACCUUAUCGGCACCGGGCCGGAAAGAAUCCUCAUCGACACCGGUCAGGGAUUCCCCACGUGGGCCGAGCUCAUCGCGGCCACCUUGUCGGAGCAUAACAUCACCGUAAGCCAUGUGCUGCUAACACACUGGCACGGUGAUCAUACGGGCGGUGUGCCGGACCUCCUACGUCUCUACCCGCAUCUUAGAACCCGCAUCUACAAGCACAGUCCCACCAGAACCCAGCAGCCGAUUGCAGACGGCCAGAAGUUUGUGGUGCCUGGUGCUUCGAUUCGCGCCAUCCACACGCCCGGGCACGCCCAUGACCACAUGUGCUUUGUGCUAGAGGAGGAACAGGCCAUGUUUACAGGCGACAACAUCCUGGGCCACGGCACCGCCACCUUUGAGCAUCUCGGUGUCUGGAUGAAGAGUCUGCACAUCAUGCACUCCCAUGACUGCCACCAAGGCUACCCGGCUCAUGGUGUUGUUGUGGCCGACCUCGAUGGCAAGAUCCAGCAGGAGCUCGAGCAAAAGCGGCGUCGUGAGCGGCGCAUCGUCGAAUCGUUGCGGCUGCUGAAAGAGCAAGACCAGGGGAGGCGUCGUGGCAGUGUGACGGUAAAGCAGCUUGUGGCCCACAUGCAUGUUAACCUUGACGUCGGCAUCCGCGAGACCGUGCUGGAGCCGUUUACCGAAGAAGUGCUGCGCAAGUUGGCCGAGGACGGCACGGUAGCAUUUGAGAUACAAGCCAGGAUGAAGAAGUGGUUUCUCGUGCGGCUGAACCUGUCUCGGGCAUCGACUGUCGAAAUUGCUGUUCUCGAUUUUGUCGCAACAAUGCCGAAAAUGGUGGCCAGUGGCAUCCAAACAAAUCCCCUAUCUUUAGUCGGCAAAGUGGCCAUCGUCACAGGCUCCGGCAAGGAGAACGGUAUUGGGGCCGGCAUCUGCAGAACUCUUGCCCGCCAUGGCGCUAGUGUUACUAUAAACUACGUUUCUAAGGCCACAGAACCACGGGCCAAAGCGGUGGCUGAGAGCAUCCGCAACAACGGCGGCCGUGCUGCUGUGGUCCGGGGUAGCAUCGACACCCCUGAGGGAGCAAAGCGGCUUGUGGACGAGACUUUACAAUAUUUCGGCGUGGACAAUAUCAACAUUCUGGUCAACAAUGCUGGGCUGGGAUCUUUCAGUCAUCUCGUCGACGUAACCCCUGAGCAACUGCAGCAGGAGUUUUCCGUCAUGGUUUUUGGCGCGUUAUACAUGACUCAGGCAGUGGUCAAACUCGGCAAGAUGCCCCCGGGAGGCCGCAUCAUCAACAUUGGUUCCAUUGCGUCCACCAUGGGCCCGACCAAUGUAGGCGUCUAUGCAGCAGCCAAAGCGGCCACAGACUCGCUAAUGGCGACGUUAGCUAUGGAGCUCGGACGGAGCCGCGGAAUUACCGUCAAUACGAUUGCUCCAGGCCCAGUCAACACCGACAUUAGUAACGACGUGGGCGAUGCAGCGACUGCUGACGAGCAAGACAAGAUUUUUAUCAAUAUGACGCGGGCGGCUGGGCGCGUCGGCACCGUGGAUGACAUUGCUGAUGCGGUUCUCCUGCUCGUGUCGGAGAAGAGCCGCUGGAUCACGGCACAAGUAGUUUCUGUCAGCGGUGGGAUCAUCAUUCUGUAG